CGCACAUGUUUGUAUCCUUUGAUUCAGGAGCAACAAUAUUUCGUUCUUUCUUUAAUCUAUUUCGCGAUGGCUAAAAAGAAUCAGGUGAAAAAGUUGCAGAAGCAGCGUUUGUCGGCGCUGAAACGCAUGAUCAAACCCACCGACAGCCGGCUCAAACCGGAGCAUCGGGCCAAAGCGAACACGAAAAAGAAAUCUUCCAACGAUGAACUGAAGCCGAUGGAAAGACCACAGGUUAGCUCGGCAAUGUUCUUCCAGUACAACACGCAGUUGGGGCCACCGUACCACAUUCUGGUGGAUACGAAUUUCGUCAACUUUAGCAUUAAAAAUAAGCUCGAUAUCAUCAAAACCAUGAUGGACUGUCUGUACGCCAAGUGUAUACCGUACGUCACGGAUUGUGUGCAGGCCGAGUUGGAGAAGCUGGGGCCAAAGUACAAGCUGGCACUGCGUAUCAUCAAGGAUCCACGGUUCGAGCGUUUGCACUGCAUGCACCGCGGUACAUAUGCGGACGACUGUCUCGUGCAGCGUGUCACACAGCACAAAUGCUACAUCGUGGCCACGAACGAUAAGGAUCUGAAACGGCGCAUCCGCAAAAUUCCCGGUGUCCCGAUCAUGAACGUUGCCAUCAACCGCUACGUCAUUGAGCGGAUGCCGGACGCCUUCGAGCCGCUCACUAAGAAAUGAUUGCGCCUUAUGUUUACUGGUUAUUGGUUUAUUAAGCGAAAAUACAAACAUUACA